AACUUGUCUGGUUGAGAAACUGAAGGAAAAUAAAUGUUAGAUAUGGGCUUGUUAUUUUUCCUGCAACUGAGGCUUGUUAUCGGAUGCAUCCCGAAGCAACUACGGUUUUAGAUUGAGUCACCCACUCCGACUCUCUCGAGGAUAGGGAUGGCUGUCAGAACUUCACCUUGUUCUUCUUCCGCGUCUGCCAUUUCUUCAUCAAGAACUACUCCAAGAUGUAAGCUUUCGUCUCUCUUCGAACACCCACAUAGACCCAUCUCACCUGGUCCCAUAUCUUUAACAAAAGACACUGUCUCCAAUGCCCCAGAUCGAGGGCAACUUGAAAAUUUCUUGAAAUCAAACUGUAAAUCUGGUCACAUCAAGCGUAGUGAAGCAUUUAGUGUUUUUAAUCACUUGAUUGACAUGCAACCCACUCCACCCAUUUCAUCAUUCAAUACGUUGUUAGGUGCAGUUGCCAAGAUUAAGCGUUACUUUGAUGUGAUUUCGCUUUAUAAGAGAAUGAGUUUAAUUGGAUUGGCUCCAGAUUUUAUUACACUGAACAUUUUGAUUAACUGUUAUUGCAAUUUGAAUAAGGUUGAUUUUGGUUUAGCAGUUUUGGGGGAAAUGUUGAGAAGGGGUCAUAGUCCUAAUACUGUCACUUUUACAUCUUUGGUUAAGGGGCUGUGUCUGGGGAGCAGGAUUAGUGAGGCGACAGGGUUGUUAAGGAAAAUGGUUCGGAUGGGUUAUCGGCCUAAUGUGGUUACAUAUGGGACUUUGCUUAAUGGGUUAUGUAUGACAGGCAAUACAAUGCUUGCAGUUAAGUUGCACGAAGAAAUGCUGAAUGGUAAUGGUGGUUUUGGUGUUACUAUUAAACCUAAUUUAGUUUGUUAUUGUACCAUCAUUGAUAGUCUAUGUAAAGAUGGACUGAUUGAUAAGGGUAAAGAGCUUUUCUUGGAAAUGAAGGGGAGAGGAAUUUCCCCGGAUGUUGUUGCAUAUAGCUCUAUUAUUCAUGGCAUGUGUCAUACCGGUAGAUGGGAAGGGGCUAAAGGUCUGUUUAAUGAAAUGGUGGAUGAAGGUGUACAUCCUAAUGUGGUAACAUUCAAUGUGCUGAUAGAUGCACUUUGUAAGGCAGGGAAAAUGGAAGAGGCCAAUCAUUUGUUAAAACUGAUGAUUCAGAGAGGUGAAAGUCCAGAUACUUUUACCUACAAUACAUUGAUUGAUGGGUUCUGUUUGGAAGGUAGGAUUGAUGAUGCAAGGGACCUGUUUGUUUCUAUGGAAAGUAAGGGGAUUGAAACCGAUGCUGUUAGCUACAAUGUGUUGAUCAAUGGCUAUUGCAAGAGUGGGAGGAUGGUGGAAGCUAAGAAGCUCUAUAGGGAAAUGAUAUGUAAGGAAAUUAUGCCAACAGUUAUUACCUAUAACACCUUAUUAACCGGCCUUUUUCGGGAAGGAAAAGUCAGAGAUGCGUGGAAUCUGUUUGGUGAGAUGAAAGUUCAUGACCUUACACCAGAAUCAUGUACAUAUAACAUAUUAUUAGAUGGGCUUUGCAAGAAUGAUCACCUUUCAGACGCAAUGGAACUAUUUCAUUAUUUAGAAAAUCAUGACUUUCAACCAAGUAUUCAAAUUUUCAACUGCCUCAUUGAUGGGUUAUGUAAAGCUAGUAAGAUUGAAAUUGCUAGAGAGCUAUUUAACAGAUUGUCUCAUGAAGGCCUGGAGCCAAAUGUUAUAACUUAUACAGUCAUGAUCCAUGGGCUGUGUAAAAGUGGGCAAUUAGAAAAUGCAAAAGAUUUGUUUUUGGGAAUGGAAGAGAAGGGUUGUGCUCCAAAUCUGGUGACUUUUAAUACACUUAUGCGUGGUUUCUGCCAAAAUGAUGAGAUGCAAAAAGUGGUCGACCUUCUCCAAGAAAUGGCAGAGAAAGAUUUUUCACCCGAUGCAUCCACAAUCUCCAUAGUAGUAGACUUGCUCUCCAAGGAUGAGAAAUAUCGCGAAUAUCUGCACUUGCUUCCAACAUUUCCUGCCCAAGGUCAAACUGGAAGAGGAUAUGAGAAAUCUUAAGUCAGUAACAUGAAAUUCACUUCAGCAAACAACUCUAGUUUGGACAAACUCCCUGUAGAGUUCAACUUUCCAACCUGAAGUAACAAAGUUGCAUGCAUAGUGCUGCAGUUCCUACUGUGAUUAUAUCCAAACCUCCAACUUGAAUGGUGGGAUUGUUCUAAUGAAGUGCUUGUGAGGAUGGUUCCUUCGGACAUCCGGUUGACAUGUCAUGACUUAUGAGGAACAGAAAUUUCAUUGACUAUGGCUGCAACAGCAUAAUUAUUUACAUCAGUUGAGAUUUGUGUUCAAACACAAGUGUGGAACACAGCUUAAAUGGGCUAUUGAAUGCAUGCUUCCUCUUGGUCACGUAAACUACAACUGAAAGUAGAUGGCAAUGCUAGUUUGUUGGAGAUAGGGAACAGAAACCCUCAGGCAUCUUACAGCAUGAGUUAAUAUAUUCACAGUUUUUCUCAAUUCUUUCCUGAAUCACUUCAGAAUUAUCAAGCAUUAUUGAAGUGCCUGUAGGUCAGUGGCUGACCACUGUAUCUUCCAUUACUUGGUUACCAAGUGGACAAACCAUAAGGUUGGGGAUGCGACCGACUUGAUAUUCUCAUUGCAGGUAGCCAUUGCAAUUGAGUUAUAGAAGGUGGGAAAUUAUGCUGUGAUCAUUCAACAUAAUAUACUAGCAUGUUCUUUUGAAUGAAAGUUAAGAAACCAGGUCAAAUGUUUCGGUCACAAAUUUUAGAAGGUGUGCAAGGAAGUCGUGCUUUUGUUGCCAUGGCUCCCCGAGUGGUUUGUUUGGUGGAGCUGGCAGUGUAAUAAACUGAAUUGAUGCAUUUGUUGAUUGAGAGACCACAAUGAAUCGAGAUAGCCUUACCAAGAUGAUCAAGAGAUUGAUAGGUGGAAGAAUUCCCAAGGGAGAGUAGGACAAAGUACCAAGGAUACUCAAGUGAGCUGUUCAGCUUUGAAAAAAUUGGCCUCUGCACAUAGGAUACAGGAUUUUGAGGAGGAAGCUUCAUCGCUCAAGACCAACAAGUUCAAGUUAAGAAAACUGCAUGAGAGCUGUGGAUAUAGGAGAGAGAAUUCUGAAUUUUUUUGGAAGGCGCAUUCAAUCUGACUGUCAUUGGGAAUUUGACUUAGUUAGUAGGGAGCAACCUGUUGGCCCCAAUUGCUCUAGGUGAUCCAGGUUGAUGCCACUUUAGUGAAUUAAUGUUAUAUGCAUAUGGGUAUUUAGAUUUGUCAAUUUUUUCUUUAUUUAGUCCUGUAUUUUUUUCAAGUUAUUGUGUUAUGCUAGUGAUCCUAUGUACUGUUACAAUGACACAUAACAGUGAUGGUUAUGUAACUCUCUCUUUUAUGUUAA